AAACCAACAUUCCCACUGUUGGCUUAUAAAUACCUUUUCAAAACCAGAAGGCCACCACAAACUCAACACCGCACCACAAGCAAAACCACACAAAAUAAUAUUUUGACUAAAUUUCUUCCAAGUGCAAAAGAGGAGAGAUGGAGUCAAUGAAGAUGAAGCUUAUGGUGGUGUUGACGGUGGCUAUUGUGGCUUUCUCAGCCGUAGGAAAGGUGGCGGCUCAGACAACAGAGUCUCCAGCUCCAAGUCCUACUUCCGAUGCUGCUGCUAUGUUCGUCCCAGCAUUGUUUGCAUCUGUUGCUGCUUUGGCAUCUGGGUUUCUCUUCUAAACCAAUCUCUACGUACCAUAUAGAGUUAUUGUUUGCUACUUCUUUUCUCUUUUCUUCUGUUUAUUUUGUUAUCGCAUGAGCUUUUUAAUUGUUAUUGUUUCUAAUAUUUGGACUACUAUAUAUUAUAUAAUUUAAUUUAAACUUUGGGUA